AUGGAUUCCUCACCAGAAUUGUUUGUCACGCUUCCCAGCCGCGUACGAAUCUGCUACCAGACAUUUGGCGAUCCCUCAGACCCUGCUGUUAUCCUUGUCCCUGGGAAUGGCGGUGGGAUGCUCACCUGGGCUGAAGGCCUUAUCGCCAAGCUGCAAUCUGCCGAAAAUGGCAAAAAAUACUUUGUGGUCCGUUUUGAUCAGCGGGACACAGGUCUCUCCACCGAGUUUCCAGUGCCUGCAUUUUAUUCUAUUGGGGACAUGGCGAGCGAUGUGGAGGGGCUGGCUGACCACCUUAAUCUCUGCGACCCCUCCAAAGGCUUCCAUAUUCUUGGUCUCAGCAAAGGUGGCCCAAUAGCGUACACUGUUGCUGCACGCAGACCUGAUCAGGUCAAGUCCCUCACACUCAUGUUCACAUCUCCCUGCGUAAGCCCUGAGCUUCCCAUCAAAGAUGGCCUUAAUCUCGGUUUUCAACCAACGCUGGCAGGUUUUGGCAAUUACAAGGAAUCAUUCAUCAAGUCCGGGAUGAAACUCUAUGACGCCCUUACAACACAGCCCGACGAAGAGGAAAGGAAAGAGAUGCUUGAGACGGUGACACGGAUGACGGAACGGGACAUGAAAGGUGGUACACUGUACAGCAAGGCGGCGAAUCACGGCGCUGCGUCACACGAAAAAGACGGCUGGCCGGGGGUAGACACCCUCCAGAAGAUCAAGUGUCCGACCACGGUGGUACAAGCAGGCAAGGACCAGGUCUUUGGCGAGAUUCACGGCGAGGCGCUCGUCAAAGCUAUACCAGGCAGUGUCCAUUACGUCUUGUGGGAGGACGUUGGUCACGAGCUGCCCCGACGAAUCUGGGGAAGAAUGGCCGAUAUGCUUCAUGAUUUCUGGGAGAAGAGUGAUAGUGCUGGUUUGGCUGAUACUAGCACAGAAUAG